AAAUACCAAUUGUUUCAUUUUUAAUGAGUGUCAAAGUCAUAAUAAACCACUUCCUUGCUUUCUUGCGAAACGGAAAACCUAAUUCCCAACUGUAAUCAGCUCAACUUAUAAUCCGAUUCAUUUCAAUUUAUUUUGUUUACUUGUUCGAGACGAAACCAUGAUUUGAUCCAAUUUAUUAUUGCGGGGACAAAAUCUGUAGAAGAGGUAUAAAGCAAUCCCCAUCUGAGAAAAAAGGGAAGAGUCGAUCGAAGAAGAAAUGGGCAUAAUAAAAACCAGCUUCUCGUUCAUUGUGGGGACAGCAUGCGGAGUUUACAUAGCCCAGAAUUACAACGUUCCUAAUGUUCGGAAGCUUUUCAACACUGGCCUAGUGAUCGCCAAGCACAUCGAGGAGAAUUACCGCAAGCCCAAGAAGCGCGACGAUGAUGAAUAGAGCCUGAGUUUUUAAACUUCUGGAUGAACAGGAAGGAAGCUAAUGCUUCUCAACCUUACCAAGAGUUUACUGCUGAUGUGCUGGAAAGUUCAAAUUCAGCUUUAAAGUUGGUGGGGUACGAGAGCGAUGAAAGUACUUCUGCUGAUGGUGAAGAGGACCGAGGUACUUCAUGGGUUUCGGAAGAGCUCUCAAAUCCUAGCAGCAAACUGCAGUACUUUCCAGUUUCUGGUAUGAUUUUUGGAUGCAAACCUGAACAGAUCUAACAGUGUUGAAAUUUACUUUUAUUUUUAUCCUGUGAAACUUUACUUUGAGAGAAACAGUCAACUGGAGCUACAUGAUGAACUGGAUUAUGAAAUAAAAGAUAUAGAUGCGAUUGUAGUGUAUAAGAUUGUUUACUUAAUGAUAAUGCUAAAACCUAAAAUUUGUUAGCGUCAC